AUGCCACUUAGAUUUAAAGUUGAAAGCGGAAAUUAUAAUUAUCUGAGCAAUUUUGCAACUGAAUAUGCUAUAACACCUUUGAAUGUUAAGGUAGGUAGAUUUUCGAAAGAGCCCUAUGCAACUUCGAUUCAAUGUUGGCUGAAAAAAUCGCGUAACACAGAGAAGCUUGUAGACUUAUUACUCAUAAGAAAAUUGUAUCAAAUUCAUUUUAAUUCCUAA